CGACAAACGGCGUGGAUGGCGACAAAGCUUGACGAACUGCAGCCCGCGGAGGCCAUUUUGCUCGCACGGACCAGCGCGCCGCCGAAAAAAGCGUCGUCGUCGUCGUCGUCCACGCACCACAUUGCACCCAACGAGUCCCUCGCCGACUUUGUGCGACGCGUGCGGCCGUCAACGCCGCAUGCGACCAAACGCUGGAUCUCGAUCCGAGGACCGUACCCAGCCACCGCGCUGUUGCUCACGGACGAGCAGAAAGGCGCUUGCGUGGCCGAGCUGCGGGCGCUCAUUGAUGCGUGGUCGGAAGAGUUGAUUCACGUACGGCCGACCGACGUUACACGGCAGGCGCGGAUCGUCUCGGCCAGUGUGUUUGCGCUUGCGAAACAGUACAACUAUGGCUCGGGGAAGCUCCUGGUGUCGCUCGAACCGUCGACCGUCGACGCCAAUUGGUCGGCCAUCGCGCUCGCGACGGUGCAAGGCGCGCUCGGGUGCAGUGCACGCAUCUCCACGACGCACGCUUCGCCUCGGCUCCACAUCGCAUCCAUCAUCGUGUCCUGCUUCUGGGAUGAAGCGAGGAUGCUGCAAAUCCUCUCCAAGUUAUCAGAGCUUGGCUUGCAUGUCACUGCCUUCAAGCCUGAUAUCUUCUCGGCCUUGCCCGGCUGCGACCUCCGGCGCCUGCACCUGCACACACUCCUCUACAACCCCACGUGCCCUUGACCACCCAAGACGCCUGGACAGAAACGCUUGGCAUCUAGAACAAAAGACAAAAACGCAAUAAGAAGUGAUUUUUCGCCGA